AUGCCCGAUGUAACAAUACCGAGUGAAAUUCAAGUACCAGCUGGCAAUAUUUUCGCGUUUUAUAUGUACGCCAUCGGAAUUUAUAACAAUCUUUGUCGAUAUAACGGUUCUGCAGGAACAGGAUGGAUUCCUGUUGGUCCAGCAGCAUUUUUAUUAAAUGAUAAUUCCAGUUUUCCAUUCAAUCCUACUUCAUUCUCGGCUGUCAUUGCUACCGUGCCUGAUCAGCCGCUGAAUGGCAUUCCAAUUAUAACAUUGGAUUCAAUUGUUCCAACUGAUACAUCUGGCAUAAUUUAUAAACAUUCAGUUAGUGCGCCUACAGAUCCUGCUAAUUUAGGGGGGUUCUACUCUGGUGGAAAUGGAACACUCAAAAAUAUUACUUAUAUCCAAGAAAUUUCUGUGCUUGGCGGAGUUCAUCCGAACGACAGUCUCUGUGGCACCGUAUUUUCCGAUUCUGAUUAUUUUGGAACUGGAUACACUUCUAUGUUAUUAUUUUAUCAGAGUAAUUCGA